AUGUCUAAGAUACACGAAUACUUUAAACGCAAGUCUAAGGGCUAUUAUUGUUUAUGGGGAAGCGUCAAUCAAGAAAAAGCAAGGGGUUCUAGUUCUUCGCUCAGCGUGCUGGGCACAUAUGAUCUCUUCGGUUGUCUGAUAUUUUCGCUGAUCAGAUGGGAUGGGAAAUUGAGUGGGAAUCAUGACUUGCAAGAUGAUCGACCUGAUUAUAAAGAAGCAAAGAAGGAACGUAUACAGGUCAAAGCGGGAUCUUCAAUUUUUUUUUCACAAUCCAACAUUCAUUGGAAAUUCCGUG